AAUUUCCGGCAUUUAAAAUGACAACCAAAUCUCAAGGUAAUUAUAAACCCAGAAAUCCAACCACAUUGCCUCAUAUUUCCACUGUUUUCUUCACUUUCAGGCUUUCAAUCACUCUAAAAUUCUCUCAGAUGGCAGGAAAAGGUGGAAAGGGGCUUUUGGCGGCGAAAACAGUCGCAGCUAACAAGGACAAGGACAAAGAUAAGGAUAAGAAGCGCCCGGUUUCUCGUUCAUCUCGUGCCGGAAUUCAGUUCCCAGUGGGUCGUAUCCAUCGUCAUCUCAAGUCCAGGGCUUCUGCAAACGGGAGAGUUGGGGCCACAGCUGCCGUUUACUUGGCCUCUAUCCUCGAAUACCUGACGGCCGAGGUUCUAGAGUUGGCCGGAAACGCGAGCAAGGAUCUGAAAGUGAAAAGAAUCACCCCAAGGCAUCUGCAGCUGGCUAUUAGGGGAGAUGAAGAGCUUGACACCCUUAUCAAGGGCACCAUUGCUGGAGGUGGUGUGAUCCCUCACAUUCACAAGUCCCUCAUCAACAAGACCACCAAAGAAUAGUAAUGUCUGAUUUCAACUAGGUUUGACUUUCCAGUACUGCUAUGUCUUCUGUGUUAUUUGUAGUCUUUGCUUAAUCUGUCUAGGACAUCUGGUUAGUAUAUACGAUGGUAGCAACUCUCAAUGUUCUUUCCUUUGUACUUAUGGAUUAUGAUCUUUAUUUAGAGUAGGAAUGGUGCCUGUUGGAUACUUUUAACUGCGGUUU